AAGGAAAAAGGAAAAAGGAAUAUUAAUAGAAGUGAAAGAUAGCAUUAUUAUGCAGCAGUGAGCAUUGGAAUCGCAGCUGAAGCAAAAGUAGAAACCCUUGAAUCUGCAAAAAUAGAGUCCGAUCGGAAGAGAAAGAAGUCGGCGGAUCGAGCCGACCACCGCAACCACCACCACCACAACCACCACACGGAGAAGGACAAGGACAAGGACAAGCACAAGCACAAGGAAAGCAGCAGCAGCAGUAAAAAGACGAAAAUGUCCUCGUCGGAGAAGGUGAAGGCUUCCCACAUUCUGAUUAAGCACCAGGGCUCCCGCCGUAAGUCCUCGUGGAAGGACCCCGACGGCCGCGUUAUCUCCGCCACCACUCGCGAAGAAGCCGUUUCUCAGCUACAGGAUCUCCGCCGCGACAUCCAGUCUGGCGAUGCCUCUUUCAAGGACCUCGCCGCCAAGCACUCCCACUGCAGCUCCGCCAAACGCGGCGGCGAUCUCGGUCCAUUUGGAAGGGGGCAAAUGCAAAAGCCUUUUGAGGAAGCAGCUUUUGCACUAAAGGUUGGGGAGAUAAGUGAGAUAGUUGACACCGAGAGUGGAGUUCAUAUCAUUUUGAGAACAGCCUAAUUCAUUUAUUCACACCAUUUCACACCCACACAAACACCUCUUCUAUUUCUAUUUCUAUUCCUGGAUGGUUAAUUCACAUAAAUCAAGCCAGACAUUACAACUUAAACCCUACAACUUCUCCUUCUGAUUGAGGGCAUUAUUAGCACCCGGUCUGUAAUGCUUACUUAUGGCUCCAAUUUUAAUAUUUCAUACUGUUCUCUCCCUCCCUGUGCGUGUGUGUGUGUGUCACAGGACAAUUUUACUAUCAAUUUCUUUCAAGUCUAUGAUUAGACAAAUUUUGUCAUUGUCAUGUAGUU